CAUUUUUCCUCGGCUGUCAUACCAUGGUAGUAUAAUGGCAUUCGUUCGUUCUUAUCUGCUGGUUAGAUACAAUAAUUCCGUGCUAUCGCAAAGGUUCUUCUCUUCAAUGUCCGACAAACGAGGUCUUGUGCUUGGCGUUUACUGCACCGACGGUCAGGACAAUGUAAAAUUCACCAAAUUUGCCCAAAAGUACAACGAAUCAACAGCUGGUAAACUUCUGGAGCAGAUCAAAAUCUGCGGUCCAAUUAAAGGUGGCCAAACACGCGUCUAUUGGGACCUGGGAAAGUAUCCAGCAGUGGCCGUCGCGGGUCUCGGUGAUGCCUCCAAAUGGGAUGAGCUGGACGAGAUCAACGGUGCCAAGGAGAACGUUCGCAUUGCCGCAUCUUCCGGUGUGAAGGCCUUGUCGGCAUUGAAAAUUGGUCUUAUCGAGGUGGAGGAUCUGGAAGAUGCCAAAGCGGCGGCUGAGGGAGCCCUGCUAGCUAAUUACAAAUUCCAGGACUUCAAAUCCAAGGCUAAGCAAACACCACUGCCUGCAGUUUCAUUUGCUGAAAAUGCCGAUGGUUGCGAGGAAUGGGAACGAGGAUGGAUUCUUGGUCACGCUCAAAACUGGGCUAGGACGCUUAUGGAAACUCCCGCGAACCUGAUGACUCCGAGCAUCUUUUCCGAAAACGUUAAAGCCAAAUUCGUAGGGUUGAACGUGGACGUUCAGAUUCACGAUGAAGACUGGGCCAAGGAGAAAAAGAUGGGAUCUUUCCUGUCCGUUACCAAUGGAACGAAGGAACCGGCUAAAUUCGUUGAAAUCACCUAUAAAGGUGAAGGUUCAGAUGACAAAUGCAUUGCAUUGGUUGGCAAGGGCGUAACUUUCGAUUCUGGUGGCAUCAGCUUGAAGCCGUCGGCUAGCAUGGACCAAAUGAGGGCUGACAUGGGUGGAGCAGCUAAUGUUGCAGCUACCAUCUUUGCGCUGGCUCAACUGAAGGCACCCGUGUUUGUGAAAGGUUUCAUCCCACUUUGUGAAAAUAUGCCCAGUAGUACUGCAACCAAGCCAGGUGAUGUCGUUUUUGCCAUGAAUGGCAAGAGCAUUUGCGUGGACAACACUGACGCAGAGGGUCGACUUAUUCUGGCCGAUGCAUUGUGCUACGCUUCAACAUUCAAUCCGAAAUUCGUUCUGGAUAUUGCAACAUUGACUGGAGCCAUCAAGGUUGCUCUAGGAGAUUGUGUUGCCGGGGUGUUCUCUACGAACAAUGCGCUGUGGAAUACGAUUCACCAAGCUGGCUCCGAGACCGGUGAUCGUGUCUGGCGCAUGCCUUUGUUUAAGCAUUAUUCGGAUCAAAUGUGUGACCAUAAUGGUUACGAUUUGAAUAAUCUUGGCAAAGGCAAAGGAGGAGGUUCAUGCACUGCAGCGGCCUUUUUGCGUGAAUUCGUGCCCAAGGAAAUCCCUUGGAUGCAUGUCGAUAUGGCCGGCGUUAUGGGUGACUGCAGCGAUCAGGGCUAUACCGGAGCCAAGGGUAUGACAGGUCGUCCAAUGCGCACGCUAGUUGAAUUCGUCUCAAAAGCUAGUCCAUAGGAGCGCAAUACGCGAUACUGCCGAUACGUCACAAAACAGAACAUUACCUGCAUUUUAACCCAGUGAAUAGUAGGUUUUAGAUAUUAAUCCAAAGAUCACAGAAAAAUAUGAAAAGUUAAACGGAAAUAGAACGCAUUCCGAAUGUAAAUAAUUCGGAAUGCAGGCCAUCUAAAUAAAUCUAACAAACUUGUUAUUGUUUUGAGUUUAAA